UGUCAAUAUAAGGUGAAGGUUUUAUUAGGGAAGUCAAUCGAUUCAAAGAUAAAAAAUUAAUGAGAAAUCAGUCAAAUACAAAUGUUGCUCACGACCGCGUCAAUUAUUCGAGGUGUUUCUGCAUUAGCGAAACAAUCGUCAAGUAGAGCGGUACACACCACUCUUUACGCUAUGGCUCCUAUUAAGGUCGGUGACAAACUGCCGUCGGUAGAUCUGUUUGAAGAUUCGCCGGCGAACAAAGUGAAUAUUUGUGAUCUAACGUCGGGUAAGAAGGUUGUUUUGUUCGCGGUGCCCGGCGCCUUCACGCCGGGAUGUUCUAAAACGCAUUUGCCAGGAUACGUGCAGAAUGCGGAGAAACUUAAGUCAGAGGGGGUGUCGGAGAUCGUCUGCGUAUCGGUGAACGAUCCCUACGUCAUGGCAGCCUGGGGGGCCCAACAUAACACAAAAGGAAAGGUUCGCAUGCUAGCUGACCCAAGCGGUAACUUUGUCAAAGCCCUUGACCUCGGAACAAAUCUUCCACCGCUGGGAGGUUUACGUUCCAAAAGGUUCUCUAUGGUCGUUGAUGACAGCAAGGUGGAAGAGCUGAAUGUGGAACCUGAUGGAACUGGUCUAUCCUGCUCCCUCGCCGAUAAGAUCAAAGUGAAGAAAUAAUCAUACCUAUUAUUAGAAGUAACGUCCCAAUCAGACAAUCAUCGCAUCCUUAACACAAUGCCUUAUAUAGUUGUGGCAGCACCCCUUGUGAUAUGAGUGUAUAUAUUAUAUGCCUUUAAACUAUUAUAUA